CGCGCUAAUGUCUUCAUUGAAUCCAAUAACAUCAUGAUCAUGAGGAGAGGACCGCCUUCGCUCGCGCAGCUUCUCGCACACAUAAAUAGCCCUCUCCCCACCACAGAUGUUUUCAAUCCCAUAGGUAACUCUGCUGAUGGAUAUAUUAGAAAUUCUUUCCUUGAUCUUUUUUAUUUCUUUACCAAGUUCAUGCCUAGCUGGCAAAUCAGUGAAGCAAUAUUUGCAACUUCUAAGUAACCCAGGGCUUCUUCCUUGGCACGCUAGCUUGAGGACAAAGGUGUCAAUGAUAUCCUCGGCUUCAUAGGCGAUAUCUCUUAUGUCCCUAACCCAAUUAUUUACCCUCUCAUCACUCUUCUGCUUCACAUCUGCAUCUUUUAAGAAGCAUUGCAUUCGAGUCAACUCCCUAUCCAUCGACUCCACUUGCUCAUGAACAUCAUAGAGAGAUGCUACUUCUUCAAUGAGGAGAUUACCAAGCUUUUCUACAACAAAUGAAACCACAGCUUCUGCCAUAUAUUAUAUAUCAUGGUUGCAGCUUCUUAGCAUUAUAAUGUAAGGGAUGAUAUGCAAAUACCUAAUUGAUGCAGCUAUCUAAUUCCAUCCCUCCAUCCCUCCAUCAUCCUUAUCAUCUUCCGUGCAAUUUCCUUCUGUUUUUUAUUCUCUCAAGUCUAGAAGGAGAACCAAAGUCAAGCUAGUGGGCCAAGAGGAGCGUUCACAGUUGAAUUCCAUUUUUACUUUUAUAGCGGAAAAAAAGAAAAAAGAAUUCAAGUGUUAUGUCAUGUGCAGUGGUGAGUGGAAGCUGACUUAGUGUAUGUGAAAUAUAGAUGCCAAAUCUGAUAUUGCUUGUUUAAUCUCUUCCGUCCGUUUCUGAUUAUAUGGCACAUCGAGACCCUUCUGUUUCCUUUUCUUGAAUAUGCAGGUGCCACUAACUCUGAAUAAAUAUGAAUGGUUUGGACUGACAGUUUGAAAGGGCAUUUAGGUUGUGUGAUUGCUAUUAGGUUGACAGGAGUUCCUUCAUUUUCUCGAGUUGUUUUAAUAUCCAAGAUAACAUAUAAUCUUGAGCUUAACUUGUGGUUGUGGAGGUUAAAGCCUUAGUUUUAGGUAUCUGACUGAGGCUGUAAACUUGCCGUAUGAAAGACAACAAAAGAACAUUCACUGUUCGCAGCACAAUAGAAAGAUAGAUAAUAUGGUAAAUGGUAAAUUACUUCAUUGUUUAACUUGAAAGCGCAAUACAAUACACGUGACUUCUUCUUCUUCCAACAAUAACAUACAAACGUUGCUUGUUUGUUUUUAGUAAGUAAUAAUACCUUACAAAUAAUUCCCAUUCCUCAAAAUGGCUCAGAGCAGUCAUUCUUUCUUCCUCAUCUCUCUCUUGCUUCUUAUCCUGCACUCUGAUGCUGCUGGUGCAACCACUAAACUCGUAGACAAGGUCUGCCAGCAAACCUCCAGCUACUCCUUCUGCGUCAACUCUCUUUACUCGGACUCACGUACUCCGGAUGCGGAUGAAUACACACUGGCCUUUAUUUCAGUAGGAUUAGCAUACGCCAAUGCCACCUCCACUCGAGACCACAUCUCUGAGCUCCUCAAGAAUCACCAUGACCAUUACCAGCAGCCUCUCCAAAGAUGCGUCCGCAAUUACAACAAGGCUAUUUCUCUUCUUGCGAUGGCUGACAACGACUUGAACUCCGAGACUUUCUUCGAGUUGGCUGAUUUGGCUAACCAAGCUUCCCGUGCUGCUACUGAUUGUGAUGCUGCUUUCAAAGGAAUUCCAUCGCCACCUUUGGCUAACCGGAACAGUGAUCUAAAAGCUCUCUGUCAAAUCUGCGGAAUCCUUGGUAAAUUGUUUACGGGACUAUUGUGAUUGUGUUUUCUUCUUCAUCUCGUCAAUUUCUAAGGACAGGCUUCAAUGGUUUACAACUCCUAAUGAUUAGGACAUCGCAUUAUAUAGAACAUGCAUAUGUAUGUCACCGGGGAGUGAGAAAAGGAAAGUAUUUAUUAAACUAAAGUUCCUGCAUUAGGGGAUACGCCAAACAGAAAGCUAUAAAAAUAAAUUUCCUGCAUUGCAUAUACAUGUAUAUUUCUUUAAUCAAACAACCCCAAACAAGAAAGAUAAGACAAUGAUAUAUAUUUAUAUAUAAAUAAGCCACUUGUGGAGCUGUUCAUCUUUCCAAAAGCCCAUUCCAGACUUGGAAAUGGAACAUGCAGAAGAUCCAUGCAUCACUAAUUCAUCCAACAAAGAAAAACAAGAGACAAGUUGAGAAACUGUUAUAUAGAUAUUAUAACUUCCCAAUCACAGUUUCAACAUCUUAAUACUUAUAAAAAGCAAACUAUUCCCUGUGGUUCUGCAGUUGUACGCAGUAUGCUACUACUGCAGAAUAAAUUUCUGCCUUUUUUUGACUUUUGUCUGUAUCGCUACGCUUCUGCUGGAAAACCAUAUCCUUACUCAUUCAUUGUAAACAGUAGACAGUGUUUCCUAAUUGAA